AAAUCUUCUUCGAUGGCGCUAAAUAUAUAUGAUGCGCUACAAACGUUCGACCUUCAUGUUCGGCACUAUUUAGAAAGUUGGGUUGACCUCUUUUUGAGUGGAACUAGUUGAAAAAUGAAGUCGCUACUGAGCGUAAGUUUUCACUUUACAGUGCCAUGUUUAGUUGUAGAAGUCUUCAAGACCAGUAUUUCUAUCAACCCUUGUUUUGUUUGAUGUCGAAACUACAGGCUUACCAUCUGCAAAUUUCAAACCCGAAAUAACAGAAUUAUGCAUGUUAGCAUCUAGUCGUUUUAAUCUGGAGACUGCUACUGAAGAACCAAGAGUAGAAAAUAAACUUACUCUGUGCUUUAAUCCUACACGAACUAUUUCAUCUAUAGCUUCUAAAAUCUCAGGUUUAAAUGCUGAUAAUCUGUUCCACCAAAAAGAUUUCGAUUCCAGUGCUGUAGAUCUUAUUCAGUUAUUCUUAAAUCGAUUAGAUUCACCUGUAUGUUUAAUUGCCCAUAAUGGACUACGUUUUGAUUUUCCACUAUUAAAAGCUCAGAUAAUGAGUGUGAAGGGAAAAAACUAUAAUCUUAAUGAUUGCACAAAUGCACCGAUUAUAUGCACAGAUACUUUACACUUGUUUCGUGAGUUCGCCUCCCAGCUUUCUGGAACAAACUCAGAUGAUUCAGGCUUUAUUUCAACUGAUGAUCAAUCAGCCUCUCCUGUACCUAUAUCUCAUUCUAGUCCAAAAAAGUUAGCUAACACUACUACAAAUAAGCAUUCCUUUCACUUAGCUGAUGUAUAUGAACGUGUAUUCGGUGAAAAGCAUAAAAAUGCGCAUAGUGCAGAAGGUGAUUGUAGAGCUAUGCUACGAUUAAUUCAAUACUUGGGUUCACCUGCUAUCGAUUGGUUACAAUCACAUUAUCAAAAUUUCAAUUCACUAACACCUAUGUAUACAUUACCAGCUUCCAAUUCAAGUCGUUUAUCAUUAUCAUCAUCGAUAUUCCCUUAUCAGAGAACAACACAAAGUUAUUUAGAUCCACGUGUUGAUAAUACUACUUCACUGUUUGAUGAUUUACAACUAGAAUAAUACCAAAAAUUAAUUUGUAAUGAUAAAAGUUGACGAGAUUUUCAAUACAUACUACUGCUUUUUAGUAUAUUUUUUUCUAUGGAUUUAUCUAUUUUUGACUACUGUUUUGGUUUGUUUUUAUGAGUAAUCUAAUGCUCUGAUAAUUAAUUUCUUUAAUUUAUAUUUCUUUUUUUGGAAACAUCAAUGACUUUGACUUUGGUGUUUACAUUUAUUAUAUUUUGUCAAUAUUUACUACCUUUCCUACCUAUUUAUUGGUUUAUUGAUUUAUUUUGCUGUGUUUAUUUGGUCAGAAAUACUACUUCUUGAUCUAUUAUUUCUUUAUAUUGAAUAAUAUUUUAUUUCUCUUAUUGUUUUUCUUGAACUGUGUACAAAAAACUUCGAUAGGUACACAAGUUCAGGUAAUGGGUAUUUGUAUUGAUUUCCUAUUGAUACUGAUUGGCUAUUAUGAAUGUAUUUUCCUAUCUUAUCGAAUUUUUAAUAUUCACUAACUUUAUUUAUACUUACUUAAGCCUUCUGGAAGUUCUUUUUUAACAUUUUUUUCUUGUGGAACUUCAUUUUAGGCGAGUAUAAUAAGUAUAAUGAAGAGAUAAUAUUCAAUAGAUUUUUUUUCUUAAUUUGAAUAUGGAUCAUGUAAUAUUAUGAUUUUUAUUUCUUUCUUUUUUUGUUCACUUCAGUCACACAUUUUACAUAAAUUCAAUAUGAGCUAUAUUGAUUUUUUUUAUUUGUUAUUGUUUUUCUGUCACUCUACAGAAUAUCAAUUGUGUGUAGCUAUAGAAGGGAUAAUAGAAAUUAGUGAUUUAUUUUUUGCUCAUUUAGCGAUUACGGUUUACAGAAA